UGAUAAAUUGAGGACCAGUGUGUUUCACUUUCGUAUCGCUCGUGUUCAAGCCCGGUCGUGAGUCAAUAGCUGUGUGGGUCGUUCGGCCAUAUAUUCUUUAGUAGUUGGAUAUCACCAGAGCAGGAGACAAAAUGGCAGAUAAAGAAAGGGCACAAAGGGCUACGUCGAAUGUGUUUGCAAGGCUUCCACAAAAGCUAAUGCAGGAAAUGAAAGAGGCGUUUACCAUGAUAGACCAAAACAGGGAUGGCUUUAUAGAUAUCAACGAUCUAAAAGAAAUGUUUUCAUCCCUGGGCAGGACGCCCGACGACAAAGAAUUGACAGCUAUGUUGAAGGAGGCUCCCGGUCCAUUGAACUUCACCAUGUUCUUGUCUAUCUUCUCAGACAAGCUCAGCGGUACAGACACUGAGGAGACCCUCAGGAACGCAUUCGCCAUGUUCGACGAGCUCGAUACCAAGAAACUCAACAUCGAGUACAUUAAGGAUUUAUUAGAAAACAUGGGAGACAACUUCACUAAAGACGAGAUGAGGAUGACAUUCAAGGAAGCCCCUGUGACAGGAGGAAAAUUCGACUAUGUAAAAUUCACAGCGAUGAUCAAGGGAAGUGGAGAGGAGGAAGCAUAAAAUGUACCAUCACAAUUCCUACAUACUAGCACUACACGAGGCGGGCUUUUCAUCUCGAUAGAUCUGCCUCUUCCGGUCUUGAUGGUGAUGUCAUCAUGACGUCAGAAGAACGACUCCUUCUUCGCGAUUUACGGAAGAUUUAUUUCUGGAGGGGUGAAAAAGACAACACAAAAAUAGACAUUUCUAUCCUAUUUCAAAUUCGCAAGGAAAAGGCAUCCAAUAUUGUCUGAAGUUUCUCAAGCCAAAGAGUGCUAUCAUUCCAUUACACUGGUAACGAAGGGCACAGCUGUUAUACGUACUCGCUCCCGGGCCUCAUUUACAAGGAAGCGCCAGCUGGUGUCGUGGCUAUCUCCCGGAACAGUGGAGAUAACUGCCGAAGAUGACUUUAUUGACUUUAUAACAUCCACUUUUGCUGCGGUAACAACUUGUAUGUAGAAUAACAUCAAUGAAAAGGUCAUCUUUCAAACCUCCCGAUUUCUGUUGGCUUGAGAUGCUUCAAAAUGUGAUCCGAUUCUUUAUGACAUUUCCAAAUAUAGAUUACCCCAUUGUUUUUUCUGUCUUAUAUAUACCUAUAUAACAAAUAGUACAUUACUUUCAUACACUUUAUACAAAUUGUCAUGCCGCGCCUCUGGGAAGGGUGGACAAAGUCAUUUAGAGGGAUCGCUCGUGUUCCUCGUUUCUUUUUGUGUUAUAUAAUGAUUCUGUAAGAUAAUUGUAUACAAUUUUGACCUGUCGUCUUUUCAUUCAUGAUAGAACAGAAUACAAUUUUCAAUCACUUGUACGUGGGUAUAUAAAUAUUUAUUAUAAAUUUAUGUAUUUAUCCCAGGGGAUUAAAUAUUGUCAAAAUAGCUACUGUAUGAAUGUCUGUCCUAUGUCCGGCUGGUAGAUAAGUACUUGAUCUACAAGGGGAUUCAUAACCACUUCCGCUCCCAUGAUCCUCUGUUCUGUUCCUGAGGGACUAUCUGAUGGCUUCCUCUGGAAAAUAACAAUUUGAUUGGUAGCACCAUGUGAUACAGUGGAUAUGGUUGCCCCUAACAACAACUGAGUGGAUUGUUCCCAUGUAACCUAUUUAUUUUACAAUAAACCUCUGUGCACAGAGUGAACUGAA